GAUAUUCACGGGUUUAAUAAAAACUUUGACGACAAAAACCCACGAGCCUUCACAACCUCACCAAACCCACCGGAUCACAGUUCCGUUCAUCUUCCGUCACCUGAACCACCGUUUUCCGGCAAUCAAUCAUGACUUCAAUAAUCGAAGAAGAAGCAUUGAAACUUACAGAAGUUCAAACACUAAAAGGUCACACCGAUAGAGUAUGGGGACUCGCAUGGAAUCCGGUCACCGGCACCGCCGCUACACCGGCGAUGCUCGCUUCAUGUGGUGGCGAUAAGACUGUUCGCAUCUGGCAACAGCGGAACCCUAAUUCUACUUCCUUCGAUUGCCUGGAGGUAUUAGAAGAGAUUCAUACUCGGACGGUUAGAUCAUGUGCCUGGUCACCAUCUGGUGAAAAAUUGGCGACUGCUAGUUUCGAUGCCACCACUGCUAUUCUGGAACAAAACGGAAAUAGUUUUGAAUGCGUAUCCACCUUAGAGGGUCAUGAAAAUGAAGUUAAGAGUGUAUCAUGGAAUGCGUCUGGUUCACUACUUGCAACUUGUAGCAGAGAUAAAUGUGUUUGGAUUUGGGAAGUUUUGCCUGGGAACGAGUUUGAUUGUGUUUCUGUGCUGCAAGGACAUACACAAGAUGUCAAAAUGGUCCAGUGGCAUCCAACGGUUGAUGUUUUGUUCUCGUGUAGCUAUGAUAACACUAUAAAGGUUUGGGCAGAGGAUGGUGAUAGUGAUGAUUGGCGUUGUGUUCAGACUUUAAGUGAAUCUAAUUGUGGACACUCAUCUACGGUGUGGGCUAUAUCUUUUAACGCUACCGGAGACAAAAUGGCUACAUGCAGCGAUGAUGUCACCAUUAAGGUGUGGGGUGUGGACAUUGCAAGACUACAAUCGGGUGAUACUAAUGCGUCAUGGAGUCACCUCUGCACUUUAUCUGGAUAUCAUGACCGAACAAUUUUUUCAGUCCAUUGGUCAAGGGAAGGUAUAAUAGCUACUGGAGCAGCUGAUGAUGCUAUAUGCUUAUUUAUCGAGUCUGAAGAUCAUUCGGUUGAUGGACCGAAAUAUAAACUGCUUCUUAAGAAAGAAAAGGCUCAUGAUAUGGACAUAAACUCUGUGAGAUGGAGCCCUACGGAAAACCGGCUUCUUGCUUCUGCAAGUGAUGAUGGCACAAUCAAGAUAUGGAAGUUGGAUUCAAUGGCCUAACUUUACAAAGGUUAUGUGUAUUUUGUAUUCUUUUGCUUGCUCAAAGUUUUGUUUGUACUAAAAUUUAAGUGCAUUAUAAUUUGUAAAAGUAAUUUGCUCAAAUAAUUAGUUAUUUUUUUUUCUGUAUUUGUACCCAUAAAAGGUUUGUCUUAUCAUGGAAAAAUGAAUGUAGUAGUUCAUAUGAA